CCAAGCUAACACUAAAGACUAAAGUCAGACAUCAUCAAGUGCAUCAAUACAUCAACCAUGGCUGUUAUUGAUAGAACUCCAGUGCGCUUGGUCCUUCUGGGCAAGACAGGUGUUGGCAAAAGUGCCGCAGGAAACACCAUUCUGGGUAAGAAGCUAUUUGUGUCUGAAGUUAGAGCCACAUCUGUUACAAAGGAAUGCACAGCUCAAACAGCAGUGAUCAACCAACAACCUAUUACAGUGAUUGACACACCUGGCUUAUACGACACAUCAAUUUCUAAUGACAGUAUUGUGAAAGAAACUAUUAAAGGCAUGCAGCUGAUAGCGCCUGGUCCUCAUGUAUUUCUUCUUCUGCUUGAUGUGAGGCGUCACACUGAAGAAGAGAGAAACACCGUCAAGAAAUUUAAAGAAAUUUUUGGUGAUGAUGUGGGCAAGCAUAUGAUUGUACUGUUCACUCAUGGAGAUGAUCUUGAGUUUGAUGGUAAAAGCAUCAAGUCAUACAUCACAGAAGCUGGAUCUGACCUUCAGGAGCUGAUAAGAUCGUGUGGACAUAGAUAUCAUGUUUUUAACAACAGGUCAACAGACCACACCCAGGUGCAGAAAUUCAUGGACAUGCUUAACAAGAUGCUGAAAGAAAACAAGCAUAGUUACUAUAGCUAUGAACUGUUUACAACUGCAGAGGCUCUGAAAAAGGCAAAAGCAACUGAAGAAGACAGGGACAAGAGAUUAAGAGAAUUGGAGAAUCAAGUGCGGCAUCUGCAAAGUAGAAGCAAACUAUGCAUUAUAAUCUAGUGGAGAAUGUAUGAUGCUCUUUUGAGAAGACAAAAGCAAAGAAUAUAAAAGAGAUUGUUAGUACAUUCAUUUUAAAUUGUUAAGGUGUGAAGUAGCUUAUUUCUGUAUACAAUAUAUAAUGACAACCUUUUUGUUAAGAAUUUCUUAAAAAGGAAUUUUUAGGAUGAUCUUUCUGUCUGAAUGUAUUUGAUUGACAACUUCUCCUUCAAUUACUGAUAAUCUGUUUUUUUCUGGUUCAAUAAUACUUAGUAAAACAUGGUUAUAAAAUUCAGAUCAGAUUAUAGGUAGACAGGAAAACAUAUUUGUUUUGAAACUAUUUACUAUUUACUAUAUCAUAGAGGACAAUCGAUGGUCUAAUACUGAUAUUUUUGGUAGGAAAUGUAUGUCAUGUAGUAUAAUGUAUACUGUAAUGUGGUAAAAUCUACAUAUAUAAGAGGUGUUUUAGUGUGUCUAGAAAAACAUGUAAGCUGUUUCAGGUGACAGAGCAACAUACAGAAAGUACUAUGGGGUAUGUAUAAUUGUCUGGGGAAAUUCAGUUUUAUUACAAAUGCUGAUUAUUGACAUAAUGUCAUCACUGUCAAUGUUUAUUCUCAAAUAAAGUCAAACACAUUUAAUGUA